GACGUUUAUGUUGUGGAAGCUGUCAUAAAUAAACGAAAAGCCAAAGAUGGAAAAGUCGAGUAUCUACUAAAAUGGCAGGGAUUUCCACUUGAGGAGAGUACUUGGGAACCUGAGGAGAAUGUAGCUUGUCACGAGUUGAUCGCAGAAUUCGAGAGGAAACGGAGCAAGUUUUGUAGUAUGAGCAGCUUUGUCAUGUCGUAUUUUUUAUUUUAUGUGGAGAAGAAAGAGCCCCAAACCUCUUCGGAAAAGCGUGAGGAGAAGCAGCUCCAUCGCAUUAUUGGCCUUACCGACUCGCCUGGUGAACUGCACUUCUUAAUCAAGUGGAAGGACCAUACUGCCGAUCUCGUACCCGCCAAAGAAGCUAAUGUGAAGUAUCCUCAGGAAGUGAUCAGAUUCUAUGAAGAAAGGCUGAAGAUGCAGAAUCGCUAA